AUGUCAGGACUCGCAAACGAAGCCAGAGCAAUAUUUGACAAUGAGCUCAGGUCUUUUGCAGCAGUUCCGGUUGUCGCCGUUGAGCAUGCCGACCUCGAGUUGGAGGCAGGCAAAUGGGGCCGAGCAUGGCGGAUCCUAGACUUAGAGCUUUUGAAGCUGCGAGAAGCCAAAGAAGACCUCGAAUCACCCGAACAUCGACUCAUGCUUUUGACGUGGGCCAUGCUCGGAACGAGACAUCGAGGUGAUGUGAACUCGUCAAAUGAAGAGAUUAAAAGGACACAGCGUUGGCUUGAUGGAGUACCUGUAGCGAAUUAUACUGAUAUCCAGGCAGGUUGUAUUCGCCGAUAUGUCAUCGCGAGCCUGUUCACCAGGCUCUAUUCGAAACACAAUAAUACAGAGGCAGAGCACAUCCCGUUACAUGACAGGACAGACGCUUCAGGUGGGAGGAUCCCCUGGGGUGGACUACAACUACUAAGGCGCUCUCUGACACAGCGAGGCAUGCUCAACGAAGCCAAUGCCUUGUUCCGCGUGGAGCUGAACCGUACGCCACCAGAAGACCGAGGCCCUGUGGUUGACGAGUUUCUGGAGGCUGUAGCAAACAUCCCUCCGAGUCGGGGUCGGGACUACAUCGAGGCGGUGGUUCGUCUUCAGUGGGCGACCACACAUAUUCAGCUACAAGCGUCAGAGAGCGCUGCUGAGGAAUUCGACAGAUCUGAGGCGGCUUUCCAGAGGUUCUGCAAUGACUUUGGCAUCAGAAACAAGGAGGCCACACCGCAUAUGCAAGCAAUGGCGUACGAGAGGCUUUCAUGCAUCGACGACCCUAUCGACAAAUUAGACCGAACAGAGCAGCUGGCCACUCACAUGGAAGCUGUUGACGGCACGAAGACUGGCUAUUGCUUAGCGGCGGCUGCAGAUCUGUCCAGGAAAUAUUACGAGGUCACAGGAAUGGAAUUGUUCAGGACCACGUAUUUUGACGUGCAGAGGCGCCUCGAUACGUAUGACCAGACGGUAUCGGAGGACAUUUGUGAUCUAGUGCACCAUCAUGUUGAUCUUAACUCCGUUGCCCUCGCGAGCCUUAUUGAUCGCGACAAGGCUCUGGACUGGGUUGAUGACUUCUUGAAGGAGUAUCCGCACUUCAAAGCCCCGGUGGUAAAGGCGUUGCUCCUUGGGAGUCAGGCAUCACUCCUGCGAAGUCUUCGUCGGCAUGAUGAAGCCGGCAGGGUGGACGAGAAGGCCAGUAAAUUGGAGACAUCCGCGCCAUCGGUAGGCAAUUGGAUGCAUUCGAGGCAGGGCUACCGCGCUCCCACUAAAAGGAACACCACUUCUUCUGUGCAGCCAGAUCCCCAGCAUCAGUUUCAGGGCGAUGAUGGGGAGGAGACAUUCUUCUGGGGCUGGAGCGAUGCCAUUGGGGAUCAGGCAAAAAUACAAGAAAUGUCCAUUCAGCUGGUUCUGGUAUGGCUGCUCGAAGAUAUCACCACUGGAAACUCUGCCCUUGAAGAGUUCACAGGCAUGACGGAAGUCGCAUUGAAAGCUAUCGUCUUCCCCAAAGCCACUGAUAUCUGUGAGGCCACAGAAGAACGGUACACGCGACUCUGUGCAUGGCUCGGCAAACCCCCUAUGCAUCAAAAGAACCGUCGAUUGUUCUGUUUGGUCAUGCUUAGAUUCGGGAGGCAGAUGCACUUUUCUGAUCUCCAGCUCUGGGACCUUCGUCUCUCCGAGCUCAAGAGUCUACUCGAGCUCGAAGAAAGCCUCCCUCAGAUCAUCCGGGACAAGUUUCCAGGUAAUAAGGGCAGUUGGCUAGCCCAAGUGGCACUCACAUACAUGGCGCCACUUGACUACUCGGCGGAUUUUACCAGUGCUGAAUCAGGAGAACGACUUUCAAAUGCUCAGAUAUACAACGACCGUGCUCUGGCUGAGUUUCGUCGAAACAAAGACCUGGUUCGGGUGGCUCUUCACCAGCGAUCUGGAGCGCAAAUCUGCAUGUUCAUGAUCAGACGAAUAAGACAAUUAGAGCAGCAAGCAGCGGGCUCCAGCAAUACCAGAGGUGGAACAGUAGACAAUAGUCGCAAAGAGGCAGAGAACGAAAUUCCUUCUCUCUCAGUCUAUGCUGAGGCAAAAGUCCACGAGCUCCGCAAUAGAGGAAUUAGUCAAGCCGAUGAGGCCGAUGAGAUAUUUUCGUUGAGCGAGCUCCAUGCCUCCUCAAGUGCAGGCCUAGAAGGCAUCACACACCGACAGAGCAUCACCGCAUCCAAUGCAAAUGCAUUUACAAUCCUCACAGCUAUCGAAUUGCUUCUCGCGGCCCCAGCACGUUCACUGGCGCGGACCAUCGGGGUGCGUAUGACUGAUCCACCUGAGAUGGUGGAUAAGAUCAAGGCGUGUCCUGAAGCUGCACGCGGUUACGACGAGAUGCUGGAGAUAGAACAGCGUAUCAAGGAGGCUCAGGGGAUGGCCAAGUUCAACCUGCGCCGGCAGCUAGACACGCAUCGUCGAACUAUGAGAGAGACACACGAUUUGUUGAGGCAACUCCUCGACUUGAGAGAGGCCCAGCCGUUCCAUUUGUCUGAUAUGGCCAGAAUCACAGCCCAGAGCGGUACAAGCAUUGUCCUGGUUGACUGGUUCCACCUCCCUCCAUAUUUCACCGGGGACACCGAUAGACUGUUGCUGCUCACAGUUAAGAAGCGAUCCAAAGGAAACAGGAGUGCAAAACUUACCAUGGAUAUGUUGACUACAAGAGUAGAAGAUGUGAAUACUUGGCUUAAAACAUAUCUUAUCCCAGAAAACUUCAAACAUAUACAAGAGGAGAAUCUCGACACCCAAGAUGCACGCAAAGCAUUCGAUAGCAUGCUAGGUGGCCUCAUUGCGCCGCUUUCCCGCCAUGCUAAGAAGGGUGAUCUCAUUGUCCUGUGUCCAUCCUCUGCUCUCCACCGGCUUCCGCUUCACGCACUUGCGAUUGGAGGACAUCAAGCGCUGAUACACCGGAAUCCCGUCGUUUACACACACAGCCAGUCACUUCUGCGCUCCUGCUUCGCGGCUACAGGAUUAGCUCGAGAAUCCCCGGAGCCUAUCAACCCCAAAUUCAUAUCAGGCAUUCCAGAAUCCCACUCCAAGAGGUAUGAAGCUGGACGCACCAGCAUCCGGAAACUAGCCGGUCGGUUCGGCACAAUUCCAAUGAUCGACCAGACCGGCUCCAAGGAGAAGUUCUUGAAAGCGACUGCCGAGUCUCGUCUCCUUCAUCUGCACACUCAUUGCGGCUGGGGAUCGACAGAUCCUCUGGAUCACCAGGUCGAGUUUCCCAUGCUGGGCGCGCCAUCAGAGGGGCAACCCAAGGUUGAGAGCUUGACAGCCCGCGAAAUAUUCGACAUCCGUGUCUUGCCAGGCACACAUGUCAACAUGAUAGCGUGCCAAGGAGGCCUCGUGAAGGCACCUCUUGGAGACGAAGUCUUGGGACUUGUCCCUGCACUGAUGUGUUCUGGGGCCAGUUCAACUGUAUCGACGCUGUGGAAAAUUGACGAUGGACACGGGUCGACGUUUUCGAAAUUGUUCUUCGACUCGUUCACUAAACAGAGCACCACCGCAGAUGGCAAUAUACCAAGAGCCAGCGGCAGCCGCUUAGUGAAUCUUGCCAAAGCGAUGCAGGUCGCCGCGCAAGCGAUGGACCAUGCAGUGGACGACGAUAUGAACAAUGAGAAGCAAGAGCCUCUCUAUAGAUGGGCAGGAUAUGUGCUCCACGGUUGUUGGCAAUUCCCAAUUCUUGGACCAGGACGUCAAGUCGUUGCAAAAUAG